CGCCAUUCGGAUAUCGGGCGCCUAAAUGUCGUCAUCAAGCUGCGCUCGGACCACGCCCCCUAGCCUGGCGGGAAACGCUCCGGUACCUCGGUGGCAGGGUGCGGAGGUCUUAUCUCAAAGGCAUUUAUUGAGCGCCCGCUGUACGCCAGGCACUGCGUUGGGUGCUGCUACCUAAGCGACAACGACCCAAUGCCGGGACGGCCUGCUGGCCAAGGGGCGGGCCUCCGCGGUCCGCCACGGUAGACGCGCGCCACGCAGGCCGCCGGACAGGAAAUACCUGCGGGCGGGAUAGCGGAGGCGUGGCGGGCCGGUCCCCGCCCUCCGUGGCAGGGCUGCCGCGGGCCAGGCGGUGGCGCCGUAGAGGGGUGCAGCCGGCGGCAACGGCGCGGGGCGCUGUGGCCGGGCGCGCGCACAUGGCGGCGCCGGGCGCCGGGCCCGGGCCGGGGCCACCCCCGGGGCUGGAGGCCGCCCUGCAGAAGCUCGCGCUGCGGCGGAAAAAGGUGCUGAGUGCCGAGGAGAUGGAGCUGUACGAACUGGCGCAGGCGGCUGGCGGCGCCAUAGACCCCGAUGUGUUCAAGAUUCUAGUGGACCUGCUGAAGUUAAACGUGGCGCCCCUUGCCGUCUUCCAAAUGCUCAAGUCUAUGUGUGCUGGGCAAAGGCUGGCGAGCGAGACCCAGGACCCUGCGGCCGUGUCUCUGUCCACUUCGAGCGUGUCCGAGACCAGAGAGGCCUCCUUUCUCUCUGCCAAGAACUGUAGCCCCCCUGCAAGGCCCUCCUUUUCCUCGGCCCCACGGCCUGCGGCCUCUCCGGUUCUGCGCCACGGCCCAGCUGCCACGCACUCGCCUCUCUCUCCAGGGGCCCCCGCUUCCCUGCGGUUCUCUUGCUGCCUGUUCUCUCCUUUUGCAGGGAGGAGCAAAGGCAGCUCGGCUCUCGGCGGAGGGGCAGCGCUGGCGGAACGCGGCGGCCGGGAAGGACCCAGCCAGAGGCUGCCGCGGCAACCCAGUGCCACCAGGCUGCCCAAGGCGGGUGGGCCAGGGAAGAGCCCCACCCGGAGCAGCACCUGACCCAGCAGGCCUCCUGGCAGACAUGUGUCGUUUCCUCCAGUUACAAAUAAAGCUCCUUGAAAAAC